AUGUUUAGCUGGUAUCGAAGGAGUCUCUUAAAACGUCCGGUAUUGAUGCAAAGUGUAACCACGGCGUGUUUAUUCGUUGUCGGAGAUGGGCUGGCACAGCAUGGUGUUGAACGAAAGAGCCUUUCCAGUCAUGAUAUGACUCGAACAGCGCGAAUGACACUUUAUGGUGGUGUGGUAUUCGGUCCCGUUGCAACCAAAUGGUUCCAGUUUUUGCAAAACCGCAUCUCUUCGAGUACUCCAGCCAGGACGCUGGCCACCCGUGUAGCAGCAGAUCAGCUGGUCUGUGCUCCCACAAUGAUCGGCGUGUUCUUGUCUAGUAUGUCUUUGCUCGAGGGAAACGAUCCUAGGGAGAAGCUGCAGCGCAUGUACUGGGAGGCACUUCGAACCAACUGGACUAUUUGGCCCAUCCUGCAGGGAUUGAAUUUGUACCUGGUGCCUCUACAGUUUCGGGUCCUUACUGUUAAUGUUCUGAACAUAGGAUGGAACUGCUUUUUGAGCUUUCUGAAUAAUGCAUAG